CGCCCGCAAAUGGAGCAUGGAGUGAACUCCACAGGCUCUGAAGACAUCCCGUUCUGUAGCACCUCCAUCUGGGCCAUACGGAUUACGAGAAGCUGAAAGAUUGCUGAAGAUUUGCGUUAGUUUUCGAAGGCGGGGCUCACGCGCACACGUGAUAAACAAACAAAAUCCAUGGUGACGACCUUUGACCUAGCAUCGCGGGAACUAGGCGGGAAAUUUGAAUGCUGAAAGGUUUUCCAGCUGCUCCUCCUGCAGUGGGUCAAUGUCCGCGACGUUUCAACAGCAGAAAGAGCUGUAAUGGAAACUGAUCACCUGACCAGUCAUACUUCAACAAUACCCGAGGAACCAUGCCCUGAUAAAAACGGUGCAGCCAUUGCAGAGAUUGAAUCUAGGCCAGGAGCUACAGUAGACCACGCUCCUCUUCCUCCUCUCCUAACUGGCGUUGAUGGGACGGGAACCAGUACGGGAGGAUCAGUUGUGGGGAGUGUGUCGCCAGCCUACUCUCAUCACAGCAGCAGCAACUCUGCCCACUCUACUUGUGGUGGGAGCAGUGUUAGAUCUGUUAGGGCUGGAGUUACCACUACAACUACCAUCAGAAAAUCAACAGCCAAGACCAAACACUCAGGAGGUUACAGUGUAGGCAGCGGAGGGAGGACAGAGAAUUCUCUGGACCUGGACGGAUUUGAUGUCCUCAGAUUCAGGAGCAAGUUCCUACAGACUGUGGAGGAAUUGAAGAUGAGAAGGGAAGCUGAUGUGAAGAAGGAGAAGAGAAUAAGAGAGCUAAUGGAAGAGAAACACCAGCUGCAGCAGAAAUGCGAUGAGGUGGAGAGUUGUUACUCUCAACACUUGGAGCAGUGCUCCCACCAAGAGCAGGAGGUCAGGAAGCAGUUCACCAGUCAAAUCAGACAUCUACAAGAGGACAAGGCAAGGCAGGUGUGUCUUGAAGAGACUCGACACAAGGAGAUCAAAGCUCUCAAGGACGAGAUUAGAGCCUUGCAGUUGUCAAAGUACAACCUGGAAAAGAAAGUUGAAGACCAGGGGCGGCAGUUGGAAGUGGGGGGCCUGUCACGGGAGAGUAUUCUGAGGGAGAUGAGUGGAGUUGAGGCCAAGUAUCAGACUGUACUGGGCCAGGUGGCUGCCACUUCCUCACAGAUGACCCUCCUGGAGGCAAAUGUCAAAGAGGCGGUGGAGAUGAGCAGGAAGUUGAGGUACGUCAAUGAGCACCAGAGGUGUCUGCUGGCUGGUGUGGAGACAGAGCUAGAGUCGGCCAGACUAGACCUAGUCCGGGCCAGGGGAUCCUCCGUAGCUGACCGACUGAGUGACAGCAGGGGAGACAGGGAGCAACUGAGUGGAAGAAAGACUACCGCUCAGGAACUCAAGAUGACUAUAGAGCUGAACAAACAGCUCCAGGCCCAGCUGUCAGGUGUGAGGAGAGAUCACCAGGCAGCGCUGGACCAACUGAAAGAGGCCCACACACUACUUGACAAACACAUCGAGACCUCCAACAGAGCUCAGGAGAAUGAGAAGAAGCUGAGAGAGGAGGUGGAGAAGCUACGAGAAGAAAAGGAGAGACUGGAUGUGGAUCUGGUGACCCUGAAAGAGGAGCUGACCUCACAGAGACAAGAAUUGACCAAUGGUGUUGAAGAUUGGAAAGCUAAGGCAUGUUACUGCCAGGCCUGUGAUGAGUUGGAGACGGAGAGAAACAACUGCGAGCACUCUCUGAGGUCUGAGAUUGAGACACUCAUGAGGGAGAGGGAGAAGAGCGAAGAGGAGAUGGACAGAGGGUGGCAGGGAAAGGUGGAAAAGUUGGAGGAGUCUCUGAGAGAGAUAGAAACACAACACAGAGUGAAAAACCUUGAGGAUAAAGAUGUGCAGGUCUCAACUGUGCCUUCUGCUGCCAUCUCGUCUCCAAAGACACCUCUGCAGCUAAAACCUCACCACACACACUCUACAUCUAGUGGAUCACCUCUGACUGGCAGACCAAGUCCCAAUGAAUCAGCCACUCCUGAGUGCAUGAUAGUAGGAGUCAUUGAGCCUGUGGCAGUGGGGACUACAUCAGCCACUACUGAGCCUAUAGCAGCUGAGACUAAAUCAAUGUCGACUGAGUCUAUUGUAAUGGGAACAAAAUCAGUCACUCCUGAGAAAACAAAAUCUGCUCACAGAGAAGUGGUGAAACCCUCCAAUAAUGAAACUAAUGGGGUUCCUAGCCCUCCAGCCCUGUCUCCUGAGGUGAUAUCUGAAUCUCGUUCCACUUCACCUGCUGCUGAAGAUCCAGUGAUGCCACCCACUCCAGUCGGUCUACCACUACUGGCUCUACCAUCACCUCACCUUCAUCUGGAAAGAGUCCAGCUACCACUGAAAAUGGAGGAAGGGGAUGCAAGUCAGAGCUCAAAAGACGUCCCUACCGUCAAGAGGAGGUUUGACAAACAGCAACAUGUGAACCUCACCACCACCAGUAGUAAUGACACUGACUCGCCUGCAAAGAAACAGAAGUUGCUGCCCCAAAAUGACUCAGUUGUAACUGGGAAAUCGAGAUCACAACAAGACACCGCAAAUUCUGAGACUAAAGCGAUCGAGACUGAGUUACAAUCACAGAGACAGUUGAACUCAAGUUCCUUUGCUCCCCUGUCUCAGCCAUCUAGUGUCAGCUACAGAAGAGAUCAUGAGAGAGAGUCUCUGAGUCUUUCACAAUCAGCUACUGACACCAGAUGCAAGAAAGGGAAGACCAUCCCAUGGAGAAUAGAACUCCCUCAAUCAUUCUAUGCUAGCAAGAAUCGCGGUGGAAACUGUCCAUCUACUGACACCACAGUGAAAGAGAAGACAGGAGAUGUGUCUCCAUCAGAUGGGAAGAUUACUACACCCAUCCAAAAUGUUAUCUUAACUGCCAGUGCCAGUUGUCAGAACCCUCCAACUCCCUGUGGAAUGACAGACCAGAGUCCAGCUGGGAGUAAAAUGAAGAACUACUCACUACAAAAUGCCCCACCUAACACACCACUGGUGGAUCAACCAUUACUCCAUCCCACACUACAACACACUGCUACUCCCUCGUCAGUCUGUCCUGAACCGUCUGCCGAUCAAUCAGUGCCUCAUUCACCCGGGGGCAGUGGUAAUUUUGCCAUUGUGUUCUCCGAAGGUGAGGAGGAGGGAGAGGAUGAGGUUACGACUAAAGACAAUCUGCUCAGCUCACAGAUGAACAGACAGAUUCAGAAGGUCACCUCCUUCUUGAAAACGGACAGACUUCGAAGAACAAAAGUGCCAAAACUAUGAAAUCAAUAUUGUAUACCAGUCUAUAUAAUACUUUGUAAUAUUAUCGAUAGCACUAGAAUCCAUAAAGCUGACCUUUUAGACGCUGUAUUGUGGAAAAUUUUCAAGGGGGCUAGCUAACUUUCACAAAUAUCUGCAUGUGAAAGUGUU